AAUAAAGCAUAGAAAAAGAAAGGGUUUAGGAAGAUGAGGCACCUUUUUUGUGGAUGGGAAUGUUUCUCUUCCCACGUCCCACGUUGAUUUUCAUACCGUUGGCUGCCACUAAAAACAUGCAAAAGCCAUCUCAUCCUCUCGACCCAACUUCCCCAUGCCCAUACACCACACACACCAUAACCCCUACAUCUUUUUCUUUUUCUUUUACCCAUCUUCCUCCCAAUAAUAUCACAAAUGCCACUCGUUCAGUUCCCUCCUCCUACCCCUUGACUUGUAUUCACUCUCUAGUUUCUCUCCCCAAAGAAGAAGGCAUUUUGGGUAAUUCAUUAAGUCUGAUGAUUACUUGUGAAGAUUGAAGCUGGAUAAUGCAGGUUUAUUAUUAGUGCUUCAAUAUUUUCUGUUCUUAUUAUUGCAGAAUGAUUGUUUCACUUCUUUAUAUAUUCAAGGAAGUUUGAAUGAUAAAGGUCAAAACGAAACAAAAACGUACUGAAAACAGCGUACGUAGGGUUUUUGCUUCACUACAGUAAAAUUGCAGCAGCUCAAUCCUUCUCUCUCCUCUCUCUCUCUCUCUCUCUGUGCUAUUAUUUGAUGUACUAUAUGAUGGAGAUGGAGAACUGAACAUGAUAAACAUUCAACUGUUACUUCCAUGGCGGAUAUCGAACUUGGCGAGGAGAGUACUGCACCCACUACCACAGCCAACAUGUCCUUUAAGAAGAAGGAGCUUCUUUCUUCUGCCUUGAAGAGAACUAGUGAAUGGAUUUUUUCGCAGGAGAUUCCGAGCGAUAUUAGUAUUAAUGUUGGAGGGGUUUCCUUCUCAUUGCACAAGUUCCCUUUGAUUUCGAAGUGUGGACACAUAAGGAAACUGAUAUCAGAAUCGAGUGAUGCUGCUGAUCUAUCUGUCAUUGAACUAUCUGAUGUUCCGGGCGGAUCAGAAGCAUUUGAGCUUGCAGCAAAAUUCUGCUAUGGAAUAAAUUUCGAGAUAAGCACAGAGAACAUCGCAAUGCUCCGAUGUGUGGCAGAGUAUCUUCUGAUGACUGAGGACUACGGGGUUGGAAACCUUGUGGGAAGAGCUGAUGCAUACUUAAAUGAAGUGGCAUUGAAGAGCCUAGCGGGUGCAGUUACUGUUUUGCACAUGUCAGAAAGUUUCCUCCCAAUGGCGGAGAAGGUAAAAUUAGUGAACCGCUGCAUAGAUGCAAUUGCUUUUAUAGCCUGCAAAGAGAGCCAGUUCAGUGUGUCCAGUAGGGCUGAUGGCGGCAAUGAGGGUGCAGUUUCUUCAGCUGUGUAUCAUCCAAAGCCUGUUGUGGAUUGGUGGGCUGAAGACUUAAUUGUUCUUAGAAUCGAUAUGUUCCAACGUGUUAUGAUUGCAAUGAUGGCAAGAGGGUUUAAGCAAUAUGCUCUCGGACCAGUACUCAUGCUCUAUGCGCAGAAAUCGCUAAGAGGUUUGGAAAUAUUUGGAAAGGGGAGGAAGAAAAUCGAGCCGCGACAAGAGCACGAGAAGAGGGUUGUCUUAGAAACAAUUGUGAGUCUUCUGCCAAGGGCGAAAAAUGCAAUGUCGGUUAGCUUUCUUUCCAUGCUUCUUCGUGCUGCGAAAACCCUGGAGACAACAGUUGCUUGCCAGCUAGAUUUGGAGAAGAGAAUGGGGUUUCAAUUGGCACAGGCUGUUUUAGAUCUCUUGAUUCCAUCAUAUUCCUAUACCGGGGACACAUUGCUUGAUGUCGACACUGUGCAAAGGAUCGUGACGAAUUACCUUGAAUAUGAAAUGCAGGGGAGCCGUUUGGGACAUAAUGCAGAGGAUGAUUUUGGUUCUCCUCCGCCGACUGACAUGGAACGUGUCGGAAAGCUAAUGGAGAACUACCUGGCUGAAAUAGCCACUGACCGUAACGUAUCUGUCUCAAAGUUCAUAGGCAUUGCUGAACUAAUUCCAGAACAAUCAAGGGAAACAGAAGAUGGCAUGUAUAGAGCAAUAGAUAUCUACCUAAAGGCUCAUCCUGCUCUGAGUGAUAUGGAGAGAAAGAAAGUGUGCAGUAUGAUGGACUGCCAGAAACUUUCGCGCGAGGCCUGCGCUCACGCUGCGCAGAAUGACCGGCUUCCUGUUCAAACUGUUGUACAAGUGCUAUACUAUGAGCAGCAGCGUCUUCGAGACGUCAUGAAUGGCAAUUCCAUUGGUGCUGAAUCCUCUGUUCUUCCAUCCAAAGGGAGCUUAUACUCCACUGAUAUCCACCCAGUUCCUGAUGAGCUCACCAUCUUGCGCAGACAAAACGAGGAGCUGAAAAUGGAAUUGGUGAAGAUGAAAAUGAAACUGAAAGAACUCGAAACGUCUACUACGAGAACAGCAAUGAUCAGUCCAAUGGGAAACACUCCAACAUCUGCUGACAAACCUCCGCUGCCUCGAAAAUCAUUCAUAAACUCAGUAUCGAAAAAACUUGGGAAGCUUUCUCCCUUUGUGCGUGCAGAUGGAGUGACACCUACCGGUGCCAAAGGCCGAACAAAACCUGCCAAAGAUCGGCGGCAUUCAAUUUCCUGAAGCUUCAGUGUGUAACUGAGCUCUAUGCUGCUUUAUGAGAAGUCUAAAUUCAAUUGCCUUUGUUUGCUUUGUUUAGGCUUGGGAUAAUUUGUAACUUGAAUUUCUAAUUUGUUCCAUCUUUGUUGUGCUUUGUGUGAUGUCAUUGUAAAUAACAUUGCCACUUCGCUUUGAAUAAGAUUACACGAUUUAAUGGCA